ACGGCUGUGAUGCUUGCUGUUCGGGACAUUGACCUGUUUGAGGCGAUACCGUUGCCAUGGGAACACCGACCUGUGGAAGUGGUAAAGGAACUGCUGGAACUCUCAGCCGAUCUGCGGGUACGAGACCACAGUGGCCGUUCUGCUUCCCACUACGCUGCUAACAUCAACAGCCCUCUGAAGGAGGACAUCAUUCAUAUGAUGGUUGAGGCCCUAAGUCACACAGAUGCUGCCUCCAUGUCACUCCUAGACUCCCUUGACAAAUACCCAUGCCAGCAUUUGGACUCAGAGUUUGGAGAUUCGGACAUAGAGUUGGACCUCGAGAGCCUUUGUCCUUGUCAGUCGACUGCUGCCUCCCCCACGCAGACACCAACCCAUCAGCACGACUUUCUCCUUUACAGCCACACAGGGGAAGUGCUGGAGUCUCCAGGGUCCCCUCCUCUAUCUGCCCAUCACAAAGGCCUCCGCCAAGUGACAAAGAAAGAGACUGUCAGCUCCCAAAUAGGCCAUCAGAUCACCUUCUACAAGGAGCGGAGAGAGGGAGGCGUGACUAGGUGGGAGGGGUCUCACACACAAUACGACCUCUCAGCUGAGAAACCUGCCUGCUGGUCUUGUAUCUCAGCCACAACAGCAUUGCUGAGACGCAGAGAAGAUUGAGCAGAUCACUAAAAGACAGUGUUACAUGGAGGAAAGGACAUGUUGAGAAUACAGAGAGCAAAAACAGAAUAAAGGUGUAAUCAUUAGGUUGUGGAGAAAUAAAGAAAUAAACAGAGAGGAACUAUCUGAUUAAAUUCUUAAACGUAUUCUCGAUAUGGGAGCAGAGUGGACC